CAGAGAGCGACCAGGAAGCAAGAGGAACCAUGACAGCAGAAGCUGUGUGAAAGCUACAUGUGAACUGAUGAGGCAGUGCCGUCACAUCGUCUUCUAGAAGAUGCUACCGUUUUUCAUUGUUGGCUUGAUAAUCCACCUUAUCUUCUUUGCAUCUAUUUUUGACAUCUACUUUACAUCUCCACUGGUCCAUGGCAUGACACCCCAGCAUACACGGCUUCCACCUCCUGCAAAACGACUGGUUCUGUUUGUGGCUGAUGGACUGAGAGCUGACACCUUCUUUGAGUUGGAUGAACAUGGUCUUCCCAGAGCCCCAUAUCUUAGAAAUAUAAUACAAACUAAGGGUAGUUGGGGAGUCUCCCACACUCGGGUUCCUACGGAGUCCAGACCAGGACAUGUUGCACUCAUUGCUGGAUUCUAUGAAGAUGUCAGCGCAAUUGCGAAAGGCUGGAAAGAAAAUCCAGUGGAGUUCGAUUCUGUCUUCAAUGAAAGCACCUACACAUGGAGCUGGGGUAGCCCAGAUAUCUUACCAAUGUUUGCUAAAGGUGCUAGUGGCGACCAUGUAUUUACACACUGUUACCUGGCGGAAAGUGAAGACUUUGCAUCUGAAGAUGCAGCCAAACUGGAUGCUUGGGUUUUUGACCAUGUGAAGUCCUUUUUCAGGUCUGCACAAAGCAACCAAACACUGUUACAUAAGCUCAAUGAUGAUAAAGUCGUUUUUUUCCUUCAUCUCCUUGGACUGGAUACUAACGGACAUGCUCACAGACCAGGCUCACGCGAGUACAAAGACAAUGUGAAGAAAGUUGAUGAAGGAGUCAAAGAGAUGGUAACCCUGAUUGAAGACUUUUAUGGAAAUGAUGAUAAAACAGCUUUCAUCUUCACCUCUGACCACGGCAUGACAGACUGGGGGUCCCAUGGUGCUGGUCAUCCUUCUGAAACCUUGACACCGUUAGUUGCUUGGGGAGCUGGAGUACAUCAUCCGAGAGAAAGUCUUUUCCUUGACACUCUUUCUAAUAAUGAGGAAAAAUGGAAUUUGGGGAGCUUAAAGAGACUUGAUGUCAACCAGGCGGAUGUAGCCCCACUGAUGUCAGCUCUGAUCGGACUCCCGUACCCCUUGAAUUCUGUGGGAAUUUUGCCUGUGGAGUAUAUUAACAGCAGUAAUCUCUUUAAAGCGGAGAGUAUGCUUACUAAUGCUUUCCAGAUUCUGGAGCAGUUCAAGGUCAAAAUGGCACAAAAAAAACUAACAACAUUGUCUUUCCUGUUUUCUCCUUUUAGCUCUCUUUCAGAGUCUAAGCAGCUUGACAUUGUGAGGAGAGUAAGAUCUUACAUCCAUGGAGGAAAUUACAAAGAAGCAAUGGAUCUUUGCAGAACCUUGAUUGAUUUGGCCUUAGAAGGGCUCACCUACUACCAUACUUAUGACCGAUUCUUCCUAGGCACAAGUGUUGUCAUGGGUUUUGCUGGCUGGAUUUUGUAUGUCAUUUUAAUAAUCAUGAAGACUAACACCAGUAUAAUCCAGACUUCUUCCCGUUAUAGUGGGACACCUUCGCAGCUUGUGAGCUAUGGAUUUGGUGCUCUGGGGUUGUCCAUGGUACUUUUCCUGAUUAUUCAGUCAAGUCCAUGGACAUAUUAUGUGUAUUGUCUAUUACCUAUCCAUAUCUGGUAUGCUGCUUCAAAGGAGUUGUGGAUUCUCCAUCAAGUCAUAAUUUAUCUAAUGACUGUGUCACCACUUGGAAUCCUGGGAUUCCUAAUCAUUGUUAUCAUGGGUGUUGAAAUACUGGUUGUAAGCUUCUUCUAUCGCUGGGUGCUUACAGUUGGUUUGGUAGUGUUUGCUUUCUGGCCAGUGCUGAUGAAGCUGUGGAUUGAAGCAAAGAUAACAACCGUGAGUUGGGUUCUCUUGUGCUUGCUGCUGGCUGUGUUUCCCUUGAUGCCUGUUGUUGGAAGGGAGCCCAACAUCACUCUGGUCUCCUGCGCUGGACUGCUAGCACUCCUCAUUUCCCUGGCUUCUCUUGUGUGGCUUUGGAAGAAGAGAGAAAGCUGUGUUAAAAGAAGAGAUUUCAAAGUGCACGUGUGUCAGAUGAUAAGCCUUGCAGUUUCCAUAUAUGUGGUCAGCACAACCCACUGGAGCCUAGCCGCCAAACAAGGACUACCAUUGCUGAACCAAAUUAUUAGCUGGGCAAUUUUAACUUUUUCCUUAGUUGUGCCAUUACUUAGUGCCACGUUCCUGUUCCAGCGGCUCCUGAGCCUUUUCCUCUCUUUCAUGUCCUCCUACCUGCUGCUUAGUACAGGGUAUGAAGCCUUUUUCCCUGUGGCGCUGUCAUGUUUAAUGUUUGUGUGGAUAUUUAUAGAGCAGGAAACUCUAGUAAAUCAAGGGCUUUCAUUCAAGCAAAAGCUUAACUUUAUUGACUUCUCCUGCAGUGCUGAUAUAACUCAGUUUCGACAACUGAAUUUGGAUGACAUCCGAAGAGCUUUCUUUUUGGUGUUCUUUAUAGUCACAGCUUUUUUUGGGACUGGAAAUAUAGCGUCAAUUAACAGUUUUGACCCGGCCUCUGUAUACUGCUUCCUUACUGUGUUUAACCCAUUUGGCAUGGGCGCCUUGAUGAUGUGGAAGAUUCUCAUCCCUUUCAUUUUGGUGAUGUGCUCUUUUGAAACGGUUCAGAUCUCAGCACAGAUUUCCUCUAAAUGCUUGUUUCUCAUCGUUCUUGUAAUAUCGGACAUUAUGUCUCUGCACUUUUUUUUCCUGGUUAAAGAUUAUGGAAGCUGGUUAGACAUUGGAACAAGUAUCAGCCAUUAUGUCAUUGUGAUGUCCAUGACCAUAUUCCUAAUGCUUCUGAGUGGUUUGGCCCAUUGGCUUACAACAAAGAAGAUCAACUUUAGAAGAAAUAUAAAGCCCCACGAUACCUGACACAGACAAAGCGCUCCUACAUUGACUAGAACUAAGCUGAGAAUGAAGCAAUUGCACUGAUCAUAUGUUGAGCAUUUAGAGCUUAAAGAUUUUACUUGAUCUAACGACAACCUGAAAGAUUCCAGAUUCUGUUCCAAGUCUCCUUUGAAAAUUAACAAAAAGGUGUGCAUAGAGGAGGGAAAGCUGUGGCAAAAAACUAGGGUCUAGUUUAUGCUAUUACAUUCCUGCUUUCCCCUGCAGAUGCUUUUUGCACGUUCUUUCACCUGGUAGAGAGAAGGGUACGGUUACCCUAGUUUGUUAAUGUUGCAGUGCCUAUGGAGAAUGAAACCCAAAAAGAUAAAGAAUAGGGCCAUGGCCCGACGAAUGGACUCAUCCACAAUGGUUUAUAUGCAACUUUAGUAUUUCUUUUGGGGAGUGGACUUGCAAGGAAUUGGUGCAUUUUUUCCACUAGUCCCAUAGUUAAAAUGUCUACCUCUAUGUUAUGCACACUCUUUCCAUCUGAUAUGUAGCAUGGUAUUGCACUGAACUUUGUAUUUUAUUAGAAAAGGUCCUCAAAGGGGUUGUUCCAAGUUUUAAAGUUAUCCCAAUCCACAGGUUGGGAGUCCACUGGGCCACCACCGAUCUUGAGAAUCAGGGUACCCUUCUCCAGCCUGAUGGAUCAGAAGGUAGAACAAGUACCCUACCACUCAAUUCAUUCUAUAUGGGAUGUCAGGGAUAAUUAACCUUCCAGUAAUCCCAUAGAGGAUGAAUGAAGUGGUAGGGUGCAUGUCCAACUUGCCUCUCCAUCAGUACGGGGGAACAAGACACCCAUUCUCUGUAUUGAUGAGGCUCCUGGCGGUUAGACCCUCACUGAUGAGCUGGGAUAAAACUUGGCACAACCUCUUUAUAUGUAUUCAGUACAUUGCUUGUUUUUAGAUUAAAUAAGGCUCUAAAGGACUUAUUUAUAUUUUGGCAGUUUGUAAAUCAAUUUUGGAGCUGGUACACUAUGACUGUGGCAUUUGUAGGGUUGUUCAUUUCAUACUAUGCUACCUGUAUGGUUAUUUUUGUAAAGUCAAGGGCCCACAUUUACUAAUGCUGUCUGAUAAAUAGACAGUGUAAACUCAGACCAAACUGUCACAAUUAUUUCCAAAUAUACCACAGUAUCUCACGCUUUUUGACAGAUUUAGCUGAUCUUGUAUGAGGUUAGUCUCAUUUUUUAUUUUCAUUACUCUAGACCACUAUUUUACGAAAACUAGUGCACUCCAAUAAUAAAUUCGGCACAAUGACAAAACCAAGACCCCUUUUCUAGAUAUUUUUGAAAUGUAUCUAGCAAGGCAUAACCAUGUUUUCUUUUUGGAGAAAAUCAAUAAAUUUGUCACCACUGAAUUGUGCCAAAAGGAGGGUACUACUUAAGCCAGAAUUUUAGGGCAAAGACCUUAGUAAAUGUGGGCCUGUGUGAUCAGUAAUGAAAUGUACUAUAUAUUUAUAUCUGUUAUCAAGGGUGUUA